GCGUUUCCUGCCCCGGCCGCGGGGCGAGGGGCGGCUGCAGCCUCCAGGAAUUUGUCACCGCUUUUUUUUCCCCGCUGUUUUCCGCUCGCAUUUCGUCCCCGCGGCCGAUGUAGCGGCCGGAGCGGGGCCGGGGCCGCUCGGUCACCGCGGCCGGGGGGCUCCGGCCGGCCCCGGGCAGCGCCGGGCGCUCCCCCGGCAGCCAGCGCUGAGUCCGCUGCCGGCGCUGGGCUGGGCUGCGCCCAACUUGUUGACACAACCGACCUUUGACAACGGCGGGGAAGAGCGGCGAGGAGGGAAAAUGAAUAUUUUUUAACCCGGGCAUUUCCAAGAAGUGCUGCGGAUCGGGCGGUCAUGGAGGGAACCCGGCAGAGCAGGAUCUGCCGCCCGCACAAGAUCAGUGAAUCCUCCAAGGUGUACAGGUGGGAUGACCACUCCAGUCUGGUUCUGCAGAGCCUGAACGAGCAGAGGCACCGAGGCCUCUUCUGUGACAUCGUGCUGGUGGUGGACGAGCAGAGAGUCCCAGCCCACAGGAACCUCCUGGCUGUGUGCAGUGACUACUUCAACUCCAUGUUCACCAUCGGCAUGAGGGAGGCCCACCAGAAGGAGGUGGAGCUUUUUGGAGCCUCCUACAUCGGUCUCAAGGCCGUGGUGGAUUUCCUGUACGGCAGCGAGCUGUCUCUGGAUGGAGGGAACAUCGACUACGUGCUCGAGACAGCUCACCUGCUGCAGAUCUGGAAGGUGGUGGACUUCUGCUGCGAGUACCUGGAGAACGAAGUCAGCGAGGAGAAUUACCUGUACCUGCAGGAGCUGGCCUCCAUCUACAACCUGAAGCGCCUUGACUCCUACAUCGAUUCCUUCAUCCUGCAGAACUUCGGCACGCUGUCCUUCACGCCGGACUUCCUGCAGAACAUUUCCUUGCAGAAGCUGUGCCAGUACCUGGACAGCAGCGACGUGCAGCAGGAGUGCGAGCACGACCUGCUGCAGGCCGCCCUGCAGUGGCUCACGCAGUACCCGGAGCGGGAGAACGAGGCUUACCAAGUGCUGGACAACAUCCACUUCCCCUUGAUCCCCAAGAGCGACCUCCUGCACCGGGUGAAGCCCGCCGUGUGCUCGCUGCUGCCCAAGGAAGCCAACUGCGAGGGUUUCAUCGAGGAGGCCGUCAGGUACCACAACAGCGUGGCGGCGCAGCCGGUGCUGCAGAGCAAGCGCACGGCGCUGCGCACCUGCGAGGAGCGCCUGCUCUUCGUGGGCGGCGAGGUGUCGGAGCGCUGCCUGGAGCUCUGCGAUGACACCUGCUUCCUGGACACCAGGAAGGGACAGUGGGUGGCAGAGACGCCUCUGCCGGCCCGGCGGAGUCACCACUGCGUGGCGGUCCUGGGAGGAUUCAUCUUCAUAGCCGGGGGCAGCUUUUCCCGGGACAAUGGAGGGGAUGCGGCGUCUAAUCUCCUAUAUAGGUAUGAUCCCCGCUGUAACCAGUGGAUAAAGGUUGCCUCCAUGAGACAGCGACGAGUGGAUUUCUACCUGGGAGCGAUCACUGACAUGCUGGUGGCUGUUGGUGGCAGGAAUGAGAACGGGGCCCUGUCUUCAGUUGAGACCUACAGCCCUCAGAAGGACUCCUGGACCUACAUUGCAGGACUGCCCAGGUUUACCUACGGCCACGCUGGCACCGUCUACAAGGAAUUCGUGUACAUUUCGGGAGGCCACGAUUACCAGAUCGGCCCCUACAGAAAGAACCUGCUGUGCUACGAUUACCGCACGGACGUGUGGGAGGAGAAGAGGCCCAUGAUCACUGCCAGGGGCUGGCACAGCAUGUGCACCCUGCAGGACAACAUCUACUCCAUCGGCGGCAGCGACGACAACAUCGAGACCAUGGCUCGCUUUGACAUCCUCAGCGUGGAGUCCUACAGCCCCCAGUGCAACCAGUGGACCAGAGUGGCCCCUCUGCUGCAAGCCAACAGCGAGUCGGGGGUGGCAGUCUGGGAAGGCAAGAUUUACAUCCUCGGAGGCUACAGCUGGGAGGAGGCUGUCUUCUCCAAAACAGUCCAGGUCUAUGAUAAGGAGAAGAAUAAGUGGUGCAAAGGGACGGACUUGCCCAAAGCGAUUGCCGGAGUGUCCGCGUGCGUCUGCGCCCUGAAACCCAAAACAGAGGACAAAAAGAAAAAGAUAAAAACAAAAAAACAUCAAGAUCGAGGAAGAUGACCACUCCUGGAUAGCCACCCUUGGAUGGUGGACUCCUUGUAUUUAGACAUUUCUAUCUAACCUUUAUUCUUUUUCUUUUUAAACAGGGUGGGGAGGGCAUCUUCCGAAGCCUCAGAAAAUGUAAACUUGAAUGUGGUUUUUGGAUUAAACUCAUGUUUAAGGUAAAAACAACAAAAACAAAAACUCCCCUCUUGCUAAACAAAGGGUGAUGUGGCCAGAGAGGUUCUGCUGCUCUCCUGAAUAUUAAGGCUUAGGCUUCUCCUUCUGUGGUUCAUGGCAUUUCCACAUACAUCGUAUUAUAUCGACGUUUUAAGGAGGUUUUUAAAAACAACUUUUAUACUUUUUUAUACCACAUUUUGCUAACUCAGUCUCUCGUUUGCCAUAUAUUCCGUUGUUGACCAUAGAGGCUGCUGCUCUGUGCUCGUGACCCCGUUGUUGGUGUCGGGAACUCCUCGUGUGAUGAUCUUUGGUCUCUGUGUGGCUUGGCCAGGACGUGGUGCAGCUCUUGGAGCAGCACUGGCAUUCCCAGCAUUGUCAGGCAGUCAGCUGGAGUUGGGACUAUUGUCAUAACUCCAGCUCCCCCAGAGCCCAGCUCGCCAGCCAUGCCCAUAAACACUUUAUUUCAGUGACUGCUGAUCUGCUGAGUGGAUUUCAAGGGCUUUGGUUUAAAGUUCAGCUGUUGAUCAUUGCUGUUAUUUUUUCCUCUCCCAUCUCCCUUUCCAUGUAUUUCAGAUUUGCCUUUUCUUCCAUCUGGUGUAUGUGCAGGUGAUAUCCUGCUACCCUCAUUCUUUUGUCUUUUUUCCCCCCCUCAAACCACUUACCUCAAUAAUUGGAAAACACUAAGAAAACAUUUUUGCACCUAAUUUCAUUUGAAACUCUGGUAAGAGUUUCUACUGAAGAAACCUACUUUAAACCUACUACAAGCACAUGUGUAUCAAAAGAGGUAACAAUAAAUUUCUGGAGUGCAAGGAGGUUACAGGUUGUUUCUUCAAUGCUAAGAAAACUAGUUGGAAUUAAUUUUCUGAAACUCUUUGAGGGUUUUUUGGUUUUUUGGGUUUGUUUUUUUUUUUUUUGUUUUUUUGGUUUUUUUGGUGUUUUUUUUUAAUUAAAAUAAAAAGCCAGUCUUUCGUUUGUGUUAAUGGAUUUAUUUUAAAGCCUUUGUGUACUGCAUGAGGUAAUGGUUAUUCUUUUUUAGCCUAAAAAUAAAUUUAAAACAAAACCAAAAAAACCCAAAUGAAACAUUUUGGUUACGACAAACUCAUUGACAAGUUUUUGGUUUGUUUUUUUUUUAAUAUCUGAAAUCCUUGCUAUAUUGACUGACAACUACUUAACUUUUUGGGGACAUUUUCAUGUGUAAGUAUAGAACAAAAGUUUCAAAGACUUGCUUUUUUUCUGUUACUGGGUUGCUUGUUACUAUAUCCCCUCUUUUAACGUGUUUAUGUAUUACAUUAAUGUCUGGGAACAAUAAAUCCAGUUUAGAAUAUUCUAUUCAUCACA